GAUGGUAGGUUGUGUUGAGGGUGGUCGGGGGUUGGUUAAAGUGGGGGCAAGAGAUGAUUAUCAGAAUCAGAAUCAGAAUAGGUUUUUAUUGCCAUGUAAGUUCACACAAACACAUUAUUUACUGUGGCAGGAAGGUGCAUAUUAUCACUUAUUUUCCCUCCUGAACAGUAACUGCUGUCUGUCUGGGUCGGUGAGACUUAGUCAAACACACCGUUAAACACACUGUUGUGAAAGCAGAGAAUAAAAUGGGGUGCGUAAAUGUAACUGAAGUAGGUUGAUGUAGACAGGUUCAGGGAAACCAAGAAAAGGUCUUUAUUUCUCAGUAAUCGUUUGAGGUAAUAUGUACACAGUCAGAAAAAGGGCACAUUUGGUGUUUUGACUUAAGUGUAUGAUUGUUACUGCACAACGAGGUCAAGGAGACUAAACAUUGGAGCCCCUCAGCUCAAACCAGCAUAUUUCCACUGGCACGUGACUGCACACAGCAGCUGGCUGCAUCUGCAGCCAAGGUUGCGCAAUUCAAAACGAUGUCAUUGUUCCCAUAAAGUCAUACGUUUAAUUUAAUAGUGUGAAAGAAUACCCUCUAUUCAGGAAAUCAAUGUUGAAUUCUGAUUAAGUCAGCAUGACUUUACCUGACUGCUAGCCAUAAAUGUUUUGGAGACUUGGCAGCUACAUUUUUGUUUAGGAGGAUAGAGGGAAAAAUGUGCUGAGUAAAUGCUAAAUCACCGCACACAUUCUAUAGUUCUAAACCCACAGAAUUACAAGAAUAGGGUUUAUGUCAUCAAUCAAGGGAAAAUGAACAGGAUUGGGGAAUGUGUGCAUAGCAAACUAUAUACAUGUAUAUUUAAUGUACAAAAAAUCAUUAGGACACACAUUCUGACCCGUCUGCUUCAUUAUUUACAUAAUUCAUUAUUUACUUCAUUAUUUACUUUUGGCCAUCAAGAAAUCAGCAUAGUUUGGUUCGUGUUCCCAUGGAGGAACGUCUAUCAGCCUAACCCUGACCUUGAAUAGGCCUCAGCUGAUCUCCAUUCCAAAUACUCACUGCUGUCUCUCUAACUCAACAAAGAGGUUGUGAGAGUGCUGCAAUCAGUCUUCACCCUAGCUAUUCACACAUCCCAAAAGUCGAGGGAAUAAUCUCAAGUAACAAAACAGUCGGGUAAAGGGUAUGUAUGCUUGCACGUGUGUGUGUCUAUUUGGUGGUGCAGGAGGACAUGGUUUUCCUCUGACAGCUUGUCCACUGUCUGCACGCACUCUCAUGCCUAGGGAAGGGUGUCAUAAGACUCCAACCAUGAGAACUGACUGGGGUUACACUUCAGGUUACACAGGGGGAGAAAUAUCAGGCAACACAAGCCCAGAGAGUUCCAGAACACUUACAGGGGUUACUGUGAUUAAGCAAUAAGCCUCUUGCUUGCAUCUUAUUAAAAGUAUUUUGUGUUUUUAAACUCUGUCGUCCCAAAAUGAUGAAACGUCAGUUUAAGCAACAUCUUUGUGAUUUGGUAUCAUAAUCAGGCACACAACGCAUGGCGUGUGUUUUAGCAUCGCUGUUUGUCGCAGCAGCAGCAAGAAACUCUGGCACAAACGCAACUCUGUCUGCUGAAAUGCCUACGAAAAUGACAGUGUGAAUGACCGUGCCUGUGUGGAAAUGUUGAUGGUUACCAUCUGGUGCAGGAGGGGUCAAUGUUACUGUCUCUGUGGGGCAGGGAGCAGUACAAAAUAGGUUUUGUGGUAAAGCUAGACAGGACACGAAUAACUACUUUGUUUAUACAAAAUCUUUUGGAAGUCAGUUGCGUUUCAAACAAAAAAAGUUACUUUUUUAUGCUUAGCAACAGUUAGUAUGAUCUGCUCAAAUAAAACCACCCAUUUGUAGUUGUGUUAUUUGGUGAGAGUGAACUUCUAGUCUUGUUCCAAGUGUCAAAACAUUUCCUUGAAGAGCAAUAGCCCUCUCUGUCCUGAAACACAAUCCCGUCUUUCAAGAGGGUGAUUCUCUCCCUCACAAACAUCUCCCUUCAAGGCCCUAACUGGACAUGAGGAAGUCAACAACAGUCUCAGUACAGGGCUUUUUGUGACUGUUUGCUCUACGGACUACUCUGGAUCAUCGGCCCUCGACACCCAACCCCAUCUGCAAACAGGAGUUGGUCUUUAGCAUGACAAAGGGGGAACGAACGCAUGACAAAAGGAUUGAAGGGCAUGUGUCGCUGAGUCGUGGUGAAGGUCGUGGGUCGAAGCUCUGCUCUCUUGCCUGUGAAGAGCUACUCCUGAGAGUCUGUCUCCUAAAACCAUCUGUAGAGGGACAAAAAAACGCACCAUUUGGUCAUUCAUGUGGCUCUCUGAUCUCAACUCUCUGAGAAACAUCUGCUCUGAUGUAUGGUAAUGGGUUUCAGACGUCAAAACAGUUCAAUAACACGCUAUUCUGAAAUGCUAUACGAAGUUCUAAAGGCAUGAAAUUAUCAUUGUAGAGACAGAGACCCCUGAUAUAUCUUGAACAUGAAUUUGUUCCUGACUGACCUGCCUAAUAAUGAUAAUAAAACAAUUUAGUAAAGCUACAAAUUAAAAUAGAAUAAGAUAAAUUACAUAAUUAUAAACAGAAUAUAAUACAUACACAAUUCUUUUAAACACACUCAUCCUAUUAUUCAAUGGAGAAGAGCAUUUGUAUUGUACACACACACACACACACACACACACAUGUCUGGGUACUUGCUGAAGUUCCAAACUGAAGAUUUUUGGGUGAAGUCACCUGUUUGCUUGGCGUGUGUUCAGGAACUAGAAGGCAUGUCUUGACAAGAGGACUGUAGCAGGCAAAUACAAUAAGUGUGCGAAGAGCGGUUGCCUGAUGCAAUGCUCAAUAUACACUCAACCAUCAUCACACUGAAGAAACAGGCCAGGGCAAGUCCAGGGCAGGGCAGACUAUACAUCUGGAGUCAAGAGUCCCCUGUGAAUUGCUCCACACGUUCAUGACAAAUUUCGAACUUUCUAAAGAGAAAUCAUCCCCAAUUUCUCGGGCGAAUGACGAAGAAAGAUCUUUUGUGGAACCCUCCUACGUUAGCCCUGUGUGUUUGUUGGUGGAGGCUCUGAGCUCACAUAGCCCGUUUCUCAAGAGUCUGUUCAAACACGAGCUAGACUUACAGCUCAGGUGUCGCUCUUAACAAGAACACCCUUUAGUCUGUCAUGGGUGUACACAGGGAGGCAGGGUACAGGGGGCAGUGGGGCCUGAGGGAUAGGGUUGACACAGUUUCACAGUCACAAUAGUGUUCGCUUUUAACUAUGGACACAACGUGUGAAACUUCUAAAUAGUUAUGAGGUACAAUCAUUGCUUGUAAGAAGCAAUGAUUUUAAUCUGAUUUAAGUGCAACAAAUUUGUGGCUUUGCAUCUCAAUAACUAGGCUAGGUAGACAUUCAUACAGAUACCCUUAUUAAACGUAAGCGUUCGUUGGUAAACCAGAUGAACCAAGGAGGGAUGUGGCCUGUAAUUUGAAAUCUGAAUUGGAGGAUGUGGUGGAGCAGAUUUGGUGAGAGGGGCAUCAAACAAAGAAGGGAUCAUGGAGAAUUCAAGACCACAGUCAUGAUAGAAAUGGAAUUUGACUAUCACCUCUUCGAGGAUACCAACUACACAGACUUACCUCUGGAUGAAAAGGUCUCCUCUGCCCCUUGUAGUCUGUUCGUACAGGGUUUAAGCAGUGUGGGCCUCAUGAUCACCUACAUCACCGUCUCAGUGUUGAGUGUGAUGGGAAACAGUGUGGUCAUCUUUGUGAUAUGUUGCAUGGAGAAGAGCAGGACUUCCACAGACAUCUACCUGAUGCAUCUGGCGGUGGCCGACAUCCUCUUUGCUCUCACUCUUCCCUUUUGGGCGGUGUAUGUGUACUCCCAAUGGAUCUUUGGCACUUUCCUCUGCAAGCUCCUAUCAGGACUGCAGGAGACAUCCGUGUACGGAGGUGUCUUCCUACUGGCCUGCAUUAGCGUUGAUCGUUACCUUGCAAUUGUGAAGGCCACCCGGGCUCUGCCACAACGGCGCCACAUGGUGGGGCUGGUGUGUGGCUUGGUCUGGAUGGCGUCUGCUCUGCUGUCGUUGCCUGUGGUACUUCAGAGGGAGGCCAUGAUGAUAGAAGAUCAACGAGACCAGAUGCUCUGCUACGAAAACCUGACAGUUGAGAGUGGCGAUCGCUGGCGCGUUAGUGUCCGCGUCCUGCGCCACACCCUGGGGUUCUUCGUCCCCCUCGGGGUAAUGGUGGUCUGCUAUGGGGGCACGGCCGGGACUCUGUUCCGAGCCCGAAACGGACAGAAACACAAGGCCAUGCGCGUCAUCAUGGCAGUGGUUUUUGCUUUUGUGCUCUGCUGGCUUCCCUAUAAUGUCAGUGUAUUGUUGGACACACUCAUGAGAGGGCAAUCUCUUGGUGGGGAGACCUGCAAUCUAUGGAACAGGGUGGAGUUUUCCUUGAAUGUGACUCAAGUGAUGGCCUUCAUGCACUGUGCUUUGAACCCAGUCCUGUAUGCUUUUGUGGGGCAAAAGUUCCGUAACCAGUUGCUGGUUGCUCUGCAUAAGCAUGGCAUGCUCAGCCAGAAAGCAAUGAUUGCUUACAGAAGAGGUUCAGCCAACAGCUCUGGAAGCCUUAGAUCCAGGAAUACAUUUGUUACUGUCUAGAUGAUCUCCCAUGAGGACUGCUUCAAUCAAUCUAUGUGUUUGGGUGUGAGAAAGUGUUUUAGAUCACUUUUCUUUGAUCACAGGGGCAGAACAUGUCGUUAAACAUGAAAUGUAGUUUUUUUAUGUUGAGUACUUGCUUUAAUGUCUAUUGAUUCAAUGCUAAUAUAUUUUUACAAGCAAUGUUUAGUUUGUGUGUUGUGUGCACAAGAAAGCUUAAUUUGUUGUGUUUUUAAUUGAAAUAUUGUGUAACUUUUUAACCCACAAUAUAAAACGGAACUACAAUUUGUAACAUUCUGCAGCUGGUGUUAUGAAGGUUGUGUGGUUGACAGGCGAUAUGUUCAAUCAAAACAGUAGUUUAGUCAGUAGACAAGCCUUACUGCAAAAACAUGUAUUGUGUUUAUAACCCAGGAAGACCUGUCAAUGUUUGUGGUAAUUAAGAUUUUUUUUUAUCAAGGCCAAUCUGCAAGCCUAUGUUAAAAACGCGUAAAUAACCUUCAACAAUAACCUCUGUAGAGAAUGUGUUUCCAAGAGAGGAAGUGUGAUAAUGAUCUUUUUAGAAAACUGUCAAAACAGUUUCAGACUAAACUUGUGGUGCAUUUGCAUGUAACAACUAAAUUAAUAAUUCCAAUGCAAAAAGAGUUUACAGAACUAUUUUUUUUUAUUCAAAUGUUUUCCGAUUUUAGUAGUUUUAACAGUACUUUGUUCCUUACUGUCCCAUUAAAUAUCAGACACAUUAAGCCUAAAUAGAAAGAAUAUGUUCCUUACUUGAACCAUCUGACCAUAAGAGUAAAAUCUCAUACAAGUUGUAAAUUUGAACUUAAAGAAAACAUAGAAUUGUUGAGCCGUUUAACAUUUAGUAAGCAAUUUAGAAUGUGUAUUCAUGCAAUACACAAUGUAUAUUUCUGCAACAG